UCAGUCCCGCCCCUCGCCACCUGGCUCUGCUGCGCACCGCCGACUGGAGGCAGAGCGCCGCUACUCUUCCCCACGCUGAGGGAGACGCAGAAUUACAACAAGCCCGAGCGCUGAGACCGAGGGUUCGUUUCUCAUCCCCCCAAAAACAGCUACCUUCGGUUGGAAUUCCGACACAGACGCUUAUGGGAAUUUGAAAGAAAGUGGGAAGAAAACAACAACAAGAAGAAAAAACACAAAGAAAGCAGACGGCUGUCUUCAGCAUCUUUCCCUUCGCAUCUCCUCCUCACCUCUCCAAAAGACGCCCGGCUCUCCCACCCUGAAUAUCUCUCCAGUGGUCGUUUUUUUUUUUACCCCUCCUGUUCGCGAGAAGCGCUUUUUGUUUUCUGCCUGUUUGAGGGAGUUCCAACUCCAUUUCUGACCCGCUGGAAGGAAUCCGGAGGAGACCCCGAGAGCUGGCCGGACGUUGUAGUUUUCGUCUCCCCGACGCAGGCGGCGGAUCACCGCGUGAAAAAGACUGGAAAUUAUUAAUCCCGCACACACCGCCGUACCGCAUGGUGGGAAUUUCUGCCUCCUUUCAGUAUCGCACUGGGAAGCGUUCCACAAUGCCCGACUCACCUGCGGAUGUCAAGACACAGUCCAGGUUGACGCCCCCUACCAUGCCACCUCCACCCAGUACUCAAGGGGCAGCCCGCAACAGCUCCUACACACCCACCACAUUGACAAAUGGCAGUAGCCACUCCCCAACGGCCCUCAACGGCGCGCCAUCUCCUCCGAAUGGCUACAGCAACGGCCCCAGCUCAUCCUCCUCAUCUUCGCUGGCCAACCAGCAGCUGCCACCGGCUUGCGGUGCCCGGCAGCUCAGCAAGCUCAAGCGAUUCCUCACAACUCUGCAACAGUUUGGCAACGACAUCUCACCCGAAAUCGGCGAGCGAGUCCGCACACUAGUGCUGGGACUAGUGAAUUCCACACUAACCAUCGAGGAAUUCCACUCCAAGCUCCAAGAAGCCACCAACUUCCCCCUACGACCUUUUGUCGUACCCUUUCUGAAGGCCAACCUGCCGUUGCUUCAGAGGGAGCUUCUACACUGUGCCAGGCUCGCCAAGCAGAACCCAGCUCAGUAUCUGGCUCAGCACGAGCAGCUACUCCUAGAUACCAGCACCACAUCCCCUGUGGACUCCUCCGAGCUCCUGCUUGACGUCAACGAGAACGGCAAGAGAAGGACGCCAGACAGAACCAAAGAGAACGGCUUCGAGCGAGACGGCUCCAUCCACCCAGACGUCCACCCAAGCAAACGGCCUUGCACCAUGAGCCCCGCCCAGCGUUUCAGUCCAUCCAAUGGACUCUCCUACCAACCCAACGGGCUGCCCCACCCAGGUCCCCUUCCUCCACAGCACUACAGGCUAGACGACAUGGCCAUCGCCCAUCAUUACCGUGACACAUACAGACACCCAGCCUCCAAUCACAGAGAAAUCCGAGAGCGAGCCAGGCCUGUUGGUAUGCAUGCAGGGAGCAGGCAGGAAGAGGUGAUCGACCACAGACUGACAGACAGAGAAUGGGCUGAGGAGUGGAAGCACCUUGACCAUGUAAGAAAACUGCUGAACUGCAUCAUGGACAUGGUGGAGAAAACGAGGCGCUCGCUGACUGUGCUGCGGAGGUGCCAGGAGGCCGACCGCGAGGAGCUCAACUAUUGGAUUAGGCGUUACAGCGACGCCGAGGAGCUGAAGAAGGGGGCGUCUAGCGGGCAGUCGAGGCAGCAGAGCCCUGCAGCACAGGAAAAUGCAACAUCAGAAAUUCACAGGGAGCUUCUGCACCGGCCCGUGUCUGGUUAUGUCCCAGAAGAGAUCUGGAAAAAAGCUGAAGAGGCGGUGAACGAGGUCAAGCGACAGGCCAUGUCUGAGCUGCAGAAGGCCGUGUCGGAGGCCGAGCGGAAGGCUCACGAGAUGAUCAGCAGCGAGCGGGCGAAGAUGGAGCGCACGGUAGCUGAGGCCAAACGUCAGGCAGCCGAGGACGCACUCUCCAUUAUCAACCAGCAGGAGGACUCCAGCGAGAGCUGCUGGAACUGUGGUCGUAAGGCCAGUGAGACGUGCAGCGGCUGCAACACGGCGCGUUACUGCGGCUCUUUCUGCCAGCACAAGGACUGGGAGAAGCACCACCAUGUCUGCGGUCAGACCCUGCAGGCCCAGCAGCAGCAGCAGCAGCAGCAGUCCAGCCAGCAGCAAGGAGGAGCUCCGGGCUCAGAGACUCCUGCUCCCAUCAGCUCGUCAGCCUGCACACCAAGCAGCGGCACCGGAAGUCCGGCUGCAACCCCGCCUGCCGCCACCCCGCGCUCGUCCACCCCCGGCACCCCGUCCUCCUCUGCCCUCGACAGCACACCUCGCUAGGAAAGCUUCCCCUGUUCUUCAGUCGGUUCUUAAAACCCACAAACAGCAUGACUUGUCCUCAUCUUGACAUUGCCUUUGCAAAGAUUCUGAGAAAACACGGCUAGUGGACACGGACGGCGGUGCUUCUGUCUGACUUGCAACGUGGUUGACAGAGGAGGAAGACGAGGUCCAUAAUCAGGUCAUAUUGACUUGCCAUGACUUUAAGGAAACACAAAGAUAUUCUUUGUUUUGAAUGAAUGGAUUUAAAAUUGACAUCCUUUUAUUGCUACACUUCUUUACUCUUGUUGUUUGUUGUAUCUGUCGUUGUCAGUGUCGUCAUUGUAGCUUAUCUUACUUUCCCUUGUAAAUAUGAAAAGACUGGUAGGAGGAACUCGAGGCCUCGCCUUUACAAAUGUUUUAUUUUUAAUGCUUCAUUUAAGCUUUAUUUCCUCUUGGUUCCAGACCUUACACCUAAGUUAACUUUACAUACAGAGCAGAAUGACCGAAGUGGUCGAUGCUCACAGCAAAUGAAGAGAUUAGAUUUUAAUACAGGCUAAUGAAUAAAUAAGGGAUGGACUGGACCUCUGGCUUGCAGACCCAGCCGCCAAGAAAUGGGCAGAUGUGCAGCAGAUUGCAAGUCGAGCCAGCUGUUCAGGCGGCAUUAUUUCCCUCUCACUUGUCGUAAUAUCCAGGUCAGUGGGCUGUGAAAUCCGAAUCCGAGUCCCCCCGAAGGACGUAAAAGGAAGACUUCUUGGACAGAAUGCAAAAACUUUGCCCGCAGCGCACACACUCACACAGGAUGUACUGCGAAACAUUGCGCGUGCAUGCUCGCCCGGUUACAAAAGCUCUUUAACAACCAGAAAAUGAGGUUAUCAUCUUGCCUGCGAGACUGUCGGACAUCUUCGAUGGCAGCCGCUGGGCGGCUCAGACCUGGAAACCCAACAGUGUGCAGACUUGCUCCUCCUCUCUCAACUUUUCUCCAUGCUUUUUAUUCAUUUUCUGUAGAUGUCACGCUGUUAAGCUUCCUGUCCUGUGGCGUCACUAAUGGUUAUUUAUUGAAUAUGUGUUGGACACUUGUGACGAUGCAUAGUACCUGGGAAAAAAGUCACAGUUCAAACUCGUCAUAAUUCCAUCUCUAGCUAGAGCAAAAAGAGAUAUAAAAAAACAAAGUGUUACCUUUUUUAAGCUGCUUUUCUAUUCUGUGUGUAGAUGGUAGAUUCUUUGUAGCUUCAUUAAUUUUUUCCCCACCCCCCAAGAAAAGACACAAUAUUAUAUCUCAGAGCUGCUACUUAAUUUUGACCCAGAUCUUGUCUGAGAACUAGCAUGUUGCGUGGAAUGCUAAGCUAAAUGUUUUGUACAAGGGACAUACAAUGCUGGGAAAAUGUAUUUGCCCCUUUCAGAUUUCUUCAACUUUUUGUUUAUUUUUUUGUUACACCUGAAUGUUAAGAUCAGAAUGGCUUGCUUUUUGGGAUUUUUUUAGCCUCCUCCGUGUUGUCAGACAGGUACCAUUUCAGUGAUUUCCUGUCUGGCAGAAAUCAUCCUUGGCCAAGGCUAAAGAGAUUGAAUUCAGAUUUUUUUUUUUUUUUAAAUGGCAUUUUUGUAUUUACUCAGGAUAUCAUUGUCUGAUCAUGAUCUAAAAUAUUUAGGAAACGAAAAAGCAAAAACAGGAGAAAUCUGUUAUAGGACAAGCACCUUUUCACGGCACUGUACAUAUAUGUAUUUGCACUGUCAUGGAAAUUAUUUUGGCAUGCUUCUUUUCAACAUGUUGGAGCCAUAAUUCAUCAGAAAUUUUGUAAUCUGUAUCAGCAUCAUCACUCUUUUUGUAUUAUGUUGAAUUGAUGCAGUUUUAACACAUAAACACAUCAAACUCAUUUGUUUUCCUAUUUAACGUUCUAAGAAUAGCACCCAAAAUGUUUUUAUUUAAAUAGCUACACGCUGUGCAUGUACAUUACUGAAGAUUUGUUAAAUAUUUGUUUUUUAGAGAAAAUGCAAAACCGCCAAAAAAAUGACAAAAUACAAAAAAAAAGUACUCUAACAAAGUGAUUUUCCAAAUGCAGAGGUGUAGACUUCGAUUCAGAGCUUUAACACUGCAAAGCACCAGGUCUCACACACACAUACACACGCACAGUAUUACUACACAAGUUCAACAUGAAACACCAAAAACAGCCAAAGACUGACACCAAGGACCAAAAUCCUGAUGUAAACAUGUUUUAAAAGGAGGUUUGUCCACUUAUGUGUUAUUUCAAUAUCACAGAUUAAUUUUUUUUUUAAAUCUUUGUGGAUCUCGACUGUACCCAUAAUGAGAGAAAAAAGGGAAUAAAUACAACAAAAACUAUUACAACUUACCAGGAGCAAUAAUACAGAAUGUGACAUGGUAAACAUUUUGUUGAAGAAUCGAGAUUAAUUUUUCAUUUCAUGUUAGAGAUGCACCGACCAGAACGGCCAGUUUCUCCAGUCUCUCCCAGCUUUGUUGUUCAAAUAUCCAUUUCAGCCAAUUCCAGUCUCUCUUUAAUAAGUACAGCAUAGGCAACAUUUAAAAUUUUGUCUAGACUUCCUGUCAUGACAAGCCACUAAUCAUUUAUUUAAGGCGAUAUCAAUGUUGUCUCUGAAUAGUAAAGCAAAAAUUAAGUGAUUACAAAUUUCACAUUUAAGCUAUAUUCAGCAACUUACUGUAUAUAGCGCUAAAUCUAAACUAACUUUUCGAACCUUUACCAGUUGUAGAAAAUAAGUAUUUUUGAGUCUCUUUUUUUCUCAGUAACAACAUCUUCACUGAAGAGAGUUUUUUCUGUCUGCACAACCUGAUAGCACUUAUAUUUGGUGCAUUCAGGGAUCAAGAAAGCGAUCGUGUUUUUGAAAUUUAUCCAUCAGGACCUACUGAGUUGAUUCGGUGCAUCUCUAGAUCUAGUGUCCUUGUCGGCUUUAAUUUGUUUUCAGUUUUCACAAUGUGAACGUACAGCUUGACUUUUGGACCACUAUCAUUUGCAUUUUCCUCCCCAAGUAGUUUAUUUCAAAUACGGGAUUAAAACGAUGACACUUUGUUGUAAAUGUUCAAUAUAAGUAAAACAAACCUCCCACUUACAUUAGGAGAGCACUUACCCUGACAUACUCAAAGGUUCCUCACCCCAAAACACCUUGGUGCUAUACAGAAGCGUGCUACAAAAAAAGAAAAAAUUCUGACCUCAAGAAACAAGUGGAGGCCCACACAAAUAUUUUGGGGCACUUUGCUCCCUCCAGAGUUUCUUGUUUCUUUCCUCAAGUCAACUUAAACGCCUGCACUCUUGAAUUUGAAGGGUCACGUAGUCCAAAAAGGUGUCCAAGUCCCGGCUUCUCAGAAGCUGUGACAAGACAGCCAAGCUGUUGGAAAACAUUACAACAAAUGACAAAUAUGUUCAUUCUUCUAUCAGGGCAAAAAUCUAAGUUAAAAGACAAAGAAAUAAAAAAAGAAGAUAAACUAGUAGUCAACAAUUCAUUUGAGAAGCUCUAUUUUACCUGUAUUCCCUUCUCUAGCUGUGCUUUGCUACAAAUUUCUAUGUGGCAAACAAGUUUGUCUCACUCUACCUCUCAGAGCACGAUAAGAGCAUCAGUUGUGGCACUGAUACUGGUCUAGUCUAAACCAAAUGGACACAAGAGAACAGGAAAAAAAUUAAAUCCAAAGUCGAAGCUCAUACAGCUGCAAAACCAUAUCACUACUUGGUAACAAUGCAGACCUCAUAAAUAAAUGAAACAUAAACGAAUAGAAAUAAGAAAAAAAAAAAAAAAAGGGAAAAAAAGAAGCUUUUGUUAUGUUCCUUUAAGCCUUUGAGUACACCAAGAGUUUGAAAUGUUUGAACAAAUCUAAAAGUGUGUGCAAAUUUUAAAGAAAAUUGUUGUUUCUUAUGUUUAUGAUAUAUAAAGUAAGAUCACAGAGGAGAAAUGUCUCUCUUGUUCUUCUUUUCGUCCCUCUUUUCUCCUUUUGUCUGUUGUGAAGACAUGCAGAUGUGCUGGUCGACCUGUCAGCCGGGGAAUAUAUACAAAGGCAAAUCUUGUGAAAAAAAAAACAGGGAAAAAUUAAUAAAUCAAAACUAAAAUAUAAAAAUGAACGCCAUUGAUUUGGACUUGCCUAUUAUUUAAACUUCCUAGUUCUUAGGAAAUACGGGAACGAUGCAGGGGCUGCGUAGCAUUAACCUUGAACUUCAAGGGGAGGGGAGGGUUUUCCUGGUCUGUUGGCAAAAUGUAAAAAGGAAAAAAAAAAAGUUCAAAUAAUUUGAAGUCGUUGUGCAAUACUUUAUUAAGAUAUAAAAACCACAGGUUAGUGGUAGGCUGACACACGGCGGUUUUUAAACCACUUAGAGUCAGCGUCUUCUAGAGAGCUUUCCAGUCUACUAUGUCAGAACUGUGGUUUCUUGUUGAUUUAAUUCUUUUGUUUUAUCAAUUUUGAUUCUUUUAAUUUUUUUUGGACUGUAAACUAUGGUCUGUCAGUCUGUGAAACUUUGCAGUAUAAUUCUGGUAUUGUUGUUCUCUUUACAGUGUAAUAAAUAUGUUAAUUCUUGCCCAUA